AUGUCCUCGCUUCCAAAGACCUACAAGGCUGCUGUCUUUGAAAAGGCAGGUGAGCCUCUCACGCUCAAGGACGUCGAGCUCAAGCAUCCCGAGGAUGGCCAGAUCCUCGUCAAGGUCGAGGCAUGCGGUGUCUGCCACUCGGAUGCACUCGUCCAGUCGGGCGGCUUCGGUCCGCUCCCUCGCAUCCCAGGACAUGAGCUGGUCGGCAAGGUCGUUGAAGUCGGACCCCACGUGACCAAGUGGAAGAACGGCGACCGCGUCGGCGGCGCUUGGCACGGUGGUCACGAUGGCACUUGCCGCCAGUGCAACCAGGGCCUCUUCCAGAUGUGCGACAGUGCCCAGAUCAACGGUGUCACCCGCGAUGGUGGAUACGCCGAAUACUGCCUUCUCCAGGCCGAAGCCGCCGUACGACUCCCCGCUGAGGGCGACGCUGUCCAGAUGGCUCCUCUCAUGUGUGCCGGUGUCACGGUACACAACGGCAUCCGCAAGAUGAACAUUCCCCCCGGCGAGAUCGUUGCUGUCCAGGGUCUAGGCGGUCUCGGUCACCUCGCGGUUCAGUAUGCACGCAAGAUGGGCUAUCGAACUGUCGCCCUUUCUCGCGGUACCGACAAGAAGGACUUUGCCAUGAAGCUCGGCGCAACCGACUACAUUGACACGAGCAGCCAGGACGCUGCUGAGGCGCUUCAGAAAUUGGGUGGUGCUGCCCUCGUUGUCGCCACCGCGCCCAACCCCGAGCACAUCUCGCCGCUCGUGGGCGGAUGCAAGCCCAUGGGCAAGCUCCUUAUCUUGGCACCCGUCGGCGAUGUCCCUGUCAACUCGAUCACCAUGAUUACCAAGGGCAUCUCGGUUCACGGAUGGCCCUCUGGUCACGCGCUCGACUCGGAGGACGCAGUCGCGUUCAGCGAGCGCUUCGACGUCAACUGCAUGUGCGAGACCUUCCCUCUGGCCAAGGCCAACGAAGCAUUCGAGCACAUGAUCUCCAACAAGGCUCGCUUCCGUGCUGUGCUCACCAUGUAA